CUCCAAUCCCUUGGUCUUUUUUUACCUCUCACUUUCAGCAAGGAAAAAAAAACCGUAAUUAAGAGAGAACCCGAAAAGCGAAGAUGUCGGGCAUGGGAGACGGGUACGUGGGCACUGCCCAAGAUGCCGUGAGGAUCCGGCGGCUACAGAAGCAAAGAGAAGCUGAGCGCCUUAAAAUCCAAGAGCUCAAAUCUAAGUCAGCCUCCGCUAAGGACCAGCCCGGUCUCCUCCAAUUCGGGUCAAGUACAUCCGAGAUUCUCGAGACUGCAUUUAAGAAGGAAACUGUAGGUCUGGUUACAAGGGAACAGUAUGUAGAGAAGAGGGUUAAUAUUCAGACCAAAUUUGAAGAAGAAGAGAAGGAGAAGUUAGAAAAGCUACGGAAAGAGGAGGAGGAGCUUCAGUUGCAGAAGCGGAAAAAGAGGAAGAUUAAGGGGAAUUCUAAGUUAUCGUUUGCUGAUGAUUUUGAGAAUGGAAGUGAUGAAGAGGAUGGCGAAAACAAAAGCUUAGAGCCAAAGAGAUUAGUGAACGGUAAACUUGGAAAAGAUCCCACAGUGGAAACAAGCUUUUUGCCUGACAGUGAGCGAGAGGCAGAGGAGCAAGCUGAGCGUGAAAGGCUGCGGAAACAGUGGCUUCGUGAACAGGAACAGAUUCGAAAUGAGCCCCUUGAAAUCACUUACAGCUACUGGGAUGGAGCAGGCCAUAGAAGAGUCAUCCAGGUUCGUAAAGGUGAUACCAUAGGAGAGUUUCUUCGGGCAGUUCAGCAACAACUUGCGCCAGAGUUCAGAGAAAUUAGAACAACUUCUGUGGAGAAUUUGCUUUAUGUGAAAGAGGAUCUUAUCAUUCCCCAUCAACACAGUUUCUAUGACCUGAUCGUUAACAAGGCUAGGGGAAAAAGUGGUCCGCUUUUCCAUUUUGAUGUGCACGAGGAUGUGCGAACAAUUGCUGAUGCAACUAUAGAGAAGGAUGAGUCCCAUGCCGGUAAAGUUGUUGAGAGGCACUGGUAUGAAAAGAAUAAACACAUCUUUCCUGCUUCAAGAUGGGAGAUAUAUGACCCGACACAGAAGUGGGAGCGUUACACCAUCCAUGGGGAUUGAUCGGAUAGCUAAACACUGCUGCUGCAAUUUUUAGAAAGUUUGUCUAUGAAAGAGACACCGGAAAUUAUUUUCAUCAAAUGCCUGGGCUGAACUUUUGGACAUUAGAUCGAAGCAAAGAUAUCAAGUUAGAUAUUUGAUACUUCAAUGCGGCAGUGUUCAUUUUAAGUAAAAAACUAAAACGCUUGGAUGAGUACUGUUGAGAGCUGGCACUGUUACCCUUUUGCAUUUCAAUGUGGAUUUACCGUUCACUUUUCUUAUUUUUUUUAAA